UCUUAUAUUAGGUACAAGCAUUUUGCUCAGAUAGUCAAUGGAUUAUACCGUUUCUCUUCAAGUGCAACAUCAACUGACGGUGUUCCCAACCCAUUUAUACCAGGGUUACAGUUUGGAGUUACAGAUGAAGUCUACAGAAGUGGACCAGGGGCUUUUCACCGACAGCUACUGCAGAGUGUGCAGCGCUCAGCUCAUAUCCGAAUCCCAAAGGGUGGCCCACUACGAGAGUCGGAAGCAUGCAAACAAAGUGCGGCUGUAUUACAUGUUGCAUCCAGUGGAUGGAGGGUGUCCUGCUAAGAAACUUCGAACAGAUAAUGGCAGCGAGGAGGGUGAUGUUGAUAAGAACAAGUGUUGCACACUGUGCAACAUGUCCUUCACCUCAGCAGUGGUGGCACAGUCCCACUACCAGGGCAAGAUUCAUGCCAAGAGGCUAAAGCUGCUGCUGGGGGAGCCGCCCGCCAUUAACGCCAAAGAGGUGCCACCCAAUCCGGUGAAGGCGCCCUCAGAGACGUCCCCUGUGACCUCACCGCGGCAGCGCCGGGAUUCAGACCGCUACUGCCAGCUGUGCAACGCCUGGUUCAACAACCCAGGCAUGGCGCAGCAACACUACGACGGCAAGAAGCACAAGAAGAACGCCGCCCGUGCCGACCUGCUGGAGCAGCUGGGCAAAACGCUGGACAUGGGGGAGAUGAAAGGACUGAAGCGCAGCUACACCUGUGAUGUCUGCAGCGUCACGCUCAACUCUGUGGCGCAGUACCACGCACACCUACAGGGCUCCAAGCACCAAAACAACUUAAAGAAUCAAUUGUGCGUCCAGUGAAUCUGAAGCGGAGACAAACAUUCGAAUUGAUGUCAGACAAGCUACAGCCGGCUUGUCCUGCUUUUCUGCGUGUCUCUCUCAAUAUCUCUCUCUCUCUCUCUCUCUCUCUCUCUCUCUCUCUCUCUCUCGCUCGCUCGC